GUUACAUAAAUUGAGAUGAAGAUAGUAAUUCUCAUGACCAAAAGCGUCCUUAAUUAAUACAGUUAUUAGAGAGAACGUUCGAAAUAUACGUAAAGAAAGUUGUGGCACUACGUCACAAUUCAGUCACUAAUAUUUUAUUUACAGUUUCGCUAAGCUGUCAUUAAACCAUAGCAAGAUCUGUGAACAGUGGGUAAUGUAUGUAGAGUUAUUAUAGCUAGUUCUGAAGUGGUAUGAUAUCAAUCAGGCUUUGUCUCAGAAGAUUAUAUUCAACUUCAAAAUUUACCUAUGCUAAAUGGGGAGACUUUUUGGCUUUGGAGAAAAGAAACUAUCAUUUAAUGCAAGAACCCCAUGACUUUCCAUUGCAAAACAUGCUUGAAAUCAACUCCCAAUUAAAGGAGUUAGUGAAAAAAGGUCAGUUAGAAAAUGCACGCCAGAUGUUUGAUAAAAUGACUCAAAGGGAUGAGGUAACAUGGACCAACAUGAUUUCCGGUUAUGUUAAUGCUUCUAGUUCAUCACAAGCAUUGUCUUUAUUCUUAGAAAUGCGGCGUGAUCCUAUUGUUAAAAUGGACCCUUUUGCUCUUAGCCUUGCAGUGAAGGCAUGUGGGAUUAGUAUGAAUUUGAAUUGUGGUGAGUUAUUACACGGGUAUUCGAUAAAAUCUGAUUUAGUUGGUUCUGUUUUUGUGGGCAGUUCACUUGUUGAUAUGUACAUGAAAGCUGGUAAUGUGUUGGAGGGUUGUAGAGUUUUUGAUGAAAUGCCUCUUAGGAAUGUAGUUUCUUGGACUGCUGUUAUAACGGGGCUUGUCGCUGGUUAUAAUGAGGAAGGGUUGGUUUAUUUUUCUGAAAUGUGGAGAGAUGGCGUAGAAUGUGAUUCGUAUGCUUAUGCUAUUGUGUUAAAAGCGUGUGCUGAUAUUGGGUGUUUGAAUUACGGGAGGGAAAUGCAUACUAGGAUAGUGAAGAAGGGGUUGGAUAUGAGCUCUUAUGUGGCUAAUAGUCUUGCUACAAUGUACAAUAAAUGCGGGAAACUAAAUUAUGGUGUGUUCUUGUUUGGAAGAAUGAGGUUGCCAGAUGUUGUUUCGUGGACUACGUUAAUCACGACAUAUGUUCAAAGUGGUCAAGACCGAUAUGCGAUACAAGCAUUCUUGAGAAUGAAAGAAUCGAGUGUGUCUCCUAAUGAGUAUACGUUUGCAGCAGUUGUUGCUGCUUGUGCAAAUCUUUCAAGACUAGACUGGGGUGCACAACUGCAUGCAAAUGUUUUACGUGUAGGUUUUCUUGAUUCUCUGUCAGUGUCAAAUUCAAUUGUCACAAUGUACUCCAAAUGUGGACAGUUGGAUUCGGCCUCACUUAUAUUUCAUGAAAUGAGUAGAAGAGACAUUGUUUCUUGGAGUACUAUUAUUGCUGGGUAUGCUCAGGGUGGUUGUGGUGAGGAAGCUUUCGAGCUGUUAUCAUGGAUGAGAAAGGAAGGACCAAAGCCAACGGAAUUUGCUCUUGCUAGUGUACUUAGUGCAUGCGGUAGUAUGGCAAUCCUUGACCAGGGCAAGCAACUUCAUGCUCAUGUUCGUAUCAUUGGAAUAGAUCAUACGCCUUUAGUACUGAGUGCUUUGAUCAACAUGUAUUCAAAAUGUGGAAGCAUUCCAGAAGCCUCAAGGAUAUUUAAUUCAGCACGAAAUAAUGACAUUGUAUCAUGGACAGCCAUGAUUAAUGGGUAUGCUGAACAUGGAUACAGCCAAGAUGCUAUAAGUUUAUUUGAAAACAUUCCUUAUGCUGGUCUAAGACCAGAUUCUGUGACCUUCAUUGGUGUUCUAAGCGCUUGUAGUCAUGCCGGACUUGUUGAUCUAGGUUUUCACUAUUUUAGAUUGAUGAAAGAGGAGUACAAAAUUAGUUUGUCAAAGGAACAUUAUGGUUGUAUGAUUGAUCUACUCUGUCGUGCUGGACGAAUAACGGACGCUGAGAACAUGAUCAAGAGUAUGCCAUUUGAAAAGGAUGAUGUUGUUUGGUCAACCUUGCUUAGAGGCUGCAGGUUACAUGGUGACGCUGAAUGUGGAAGGCGUGCGGCUGAGCAAAUUCUUAAACUUGCUCCAAAUUGUGCUGUAACUCACACUACUCUGUCAAACAUUUAUGCAUCAAAGGGGAAGUGGGGUGAAGUAGCAGAACUGAGGAAGUUGAUGAGAUUGAAAGGUGUCAUGAAGGAGCCUGGAUGGUCUUGGAUUAAAGUCAAGGAUCAAGUCUCUGCAUUUGUUGCUGGGGAUAAAAAACAUCCACAGAAUGAAGAUAUUUAUGAUAUUUUGGACCUGAUAUCUUCAAAAACAGAAUUUUCUUUUCAGAACAUUGCUUCUAUGUUAGAGUAGCCAAAGCUUAAGACGUCGAUUAAAGUUUCUUCAAGUGUGAGUAUCCUUUGGAGAAAAAGGGUAGAGACUAAUUUUUUGAUACUAUAAUCAUGAUUAUCAUCAUUGAUAAUCAUGAUAGCAAUGUCCUUACAGCUAAAAGUGGUUUGAUUAAAAUGACCUCUUGCUUAUUA